AUGGCUCCUACUGUUGCCCUCCUCACUGCCACCGGCCUUCUUGGCACUCAGCUGGCCAAGACCCUCGGGGCCCAGGACGCUGCCAGCAAGAUCAAGCUGGUUGUCCUCCACCGUCCGUCGUCUGACCUCUCUGCCCUCCCCGCCUCGACUGAGCGCCGCCCGCUCGACAUUGAGACCGCCACUGCCGAAGAUGUGGCCACUGCACUCCAGGGCGUUGAUAUUCUUGUCUCGGCCACCAACAGGACCUCUGCCGAGGCCGACGCCCGUUUCAUCGAGUCCCUCGCGGCCGUCAAGACCCUCCAGGCCUACAUUCCCUCCGACUUCUCCGUCAACUGGACCGAGGAGGAGGCUUCCGACAAGCUGAACCUCAUUGUCUGGGGCAAGACCCGUCUCGAGGAGAAGCUCCGUUCUCUGGGCGUCCCCGCCGUUCCCGUCCACAACGGCCUGUUCGAGCCGUUCGUAUUUGGCCCCGUGCUUGGCCUGGACGCCAAGGGCAACACUGUGGCGCUGUACGGCGACGCCCUCACUCGCAAGCUGCCAGUCACGUCGCCCAAGUACCUCGCCGAGGCGCUCGCCCAGCUCGUUGUCCGUCCCGUCUCGGAGCUCGUCGGCAAGACCUUCACCGUUGUCGAGUACGAGACGACUGGCCAGGAGGUCGUUGACGCCCUCACUGCCGCCAACGGGAAGGCCCCGACGGUCACUACCCUCACCGAUGCGGACCUCGAGGCUGCGCGCGCACACGGACCUCUGGCCGUCCUCGGCGCCGCGGCACGCAAGAAGUGGGGCGCUGGCUCGUUCCCCAACAACGACGCGUUCGUCCCUGUGGGUGUCCAGCCCAUCGACGUUAGGCAGACCAUUGCUGUUGCCAUUAAGGCCUGA